AUGCCCUCGCCAUUCUUUUUCCUGGCUCUGUCUCUAUCUCUGACACAUUCCAUCCAGGUUGCUGCAGAACCCAGUUUUGAUGCCUGGUCCCAAUUGUGGAAACCCUGCCCAAGGGCCUGCAGCGAAAUCCCAUCUCCGGCUGAAUGGGCGGUUUAUCGCAAUGUGGAUCAAUUGGCCACUUGCAAUCAAACUUUGCGUCUAGACUUUUCUUUGUACAAUCCCUCAAACCCGGCCAUUCGCGCCUGUUCUGCGACUGAAGAUUACCCAGCUGCCAAGGCCCCCCAGCCUCAGGCCUUGGUCUCAUCUGGGUUCACUGAUCAAGAAAUCACCCUGCAAAUUGGCUGGUGGAAUACGGCUUCGUCUUUACCAUCUGCAGGCGUAAAGUCCGCGCUGGAACAUGUCCGAAAGGCGCUCUUGGCCUCGGAAAAUGACAAACCAACAACUGCGUAUAGCUACCAUGGGAAAUCCAUCAUUGGAGUGUACGCCGGACGGGGGGUUCAGCACUCGGACGCUGCUACCACUGUAUUCCAAGAGUUCACAGAUCAUAUCGCAUCCCAGGAUUUGGUCGGCCGAAUUGCCCUGCAGUAUUGCAGAGAGAAUUCCAACAAAGCGAUCGGUAUCGUCGUCGAUGCCAGCGGCGACCUCGCGGCUGUGCAGCGCAUUGUCCGGGGCUGGGUCGACGGGGAGUGCCAGACCGACUUUGACGGCGUGAAGGAGCUCCCCCAAUCCAUCCUGCAUAUGCAAGAUGAUGCGGUAUCGAGCCCUGUCCCCGAACUGUCAAGUAAAGGGGUCGCCGGAGAAGGCCGGUUGCAUUCACAUCAAGGGCGGACUCAUUCCCACCAUCGACGAGCCAUUUGCCGCACGAUCCAGGUUGCUCCUGGAGACUCCUGUGGGGCGCUGGCUGAGCGAUGCGGACUCUCUCCGGCAGAUUUCACCAAGUUCAAUCCCGACAAGAAGCUCUGUUCCUCGCUGCAGCCGGAGCAGCAUGUGUGCUGCUCAGCGGGCACGUUGCCCGAUCUUAGGCCGAAGCCAAACGGGGAUGGCACUUGCGCCUCGUAUGUUGUCCAGACGGAUGAAUCCUGCCACAAAUUAGCAGUUGCCAACGGCCUCAAGCAGGAGGAUCUGGAGAAAUUCAACAAGCACACCUGGGGUUGGAGGAACGGCUCCUAUGCCUCUAUUGUCGACAAUGCGGUGUGUGGUCCGCAAGUGCCAGGCACCACGAGGCCAAAGGACAUGAAUGACCUUGAGGGCCUCAAUCCUUGUCCUCUCAACGCGUGCUGUGAUGUCUGGGGUCAGUGUGGUAUUACCGAUGAGUUCUGCACCGAGAGCAAGUCUUCCACUGGGGCCCCUGGUACUGCGGCCCCUAACACGAAUGGCUGUAUCUCCAACUGUGGUACUGAUAUUGUGAAUAAUAAAAAGGCACCAGAUGAGUUUAUCAGCAUUGGCUACUUUGAGGCGUGGAACGCUGAGCGUGGCUGUUUGAAUAUGGACGUUACCAGCUUCGAUACAGCAGUUCACACUCAUCUCCAUUUUGCCUUUGCAGAGAUAACAGAAAGCUAUGAGGUGGACGUGUCCCUGGUUCAUACUCAAUUUAAUAAGCUGAAGAACAUGGGCUCCGUAAACCGUAUUCUGACAUUUGGUGGAUGGUCCUUCUCGACAAGAGCGGAUUCCUUCCCGAUUUUCCGCAAAGGCGUAUCGGCUGAGAACCGAGAGGUCUUUGCCACGAAUGUGGCUAAUUUCAUUGUGGAAAAUGGACUUGAUGGAGUGGACUUUGACUGGGAGUACCCUGGAGCCCCUGACAUUCCUGGUAUUCCUCCUGGUGACCGCGAUGAUGGAAAGCGAUAUCUGGAAUUCUUGAAGAUGGUGCGGGAAAAGCUACCCUCUGAUAAAAGCCUGGCGAUUGCUGCCCCGGCCUCGUUCUGGUAUCUAAAGGGCUUCCCGAUCGAGGAGAUUUCGAAGGUGGUAGACUAUAUUGUCUUCAUGGCCUACGACCUCCAUGGGCAAUGGGACUACGGAAACAAAAACUCGAUGCCGGGAUGUCCAGAUGGAGAUUGCCUCCGCUCGCAUGUGAAUCUCACCGAAACAAAUACUGCUCUGUCCAUGGUUACUAAGGCUGGAGUGCCAUCUUCGAAGAUCAUUGUUGGAGUGAGUAGCUAUGGCCGGUCGUUCAAGAUGACCGAGCCUGGCUGCUCUGGUCCCAUGUGCAAAUACGUCGGCCCCGAGUCCGCUGCGAAGCCUGGGAAAUGUACCAUCACAGCAGGCUAUAUCUCCGACGCAGAGAUCAAUCAGAUUUUGGAAGACGAUCCGACUGCCAAAAAGACAUAUGAUGCGUCCAGCGACAGCAGCAUCCUUGUCUACGACUCCACGCAGUGGGUAGCUUACAUGGACACUGAAAUCAAGAGAAAUCGCACCGAGCAGUACCGACAACUCAACAUGGGCGGCAUAUCGGACUGGGCAGUUGAUCUUCAGUCAUUCGCAAACAGUCCCCGGGGUGGCAACAACUCUCCUGAGAACCAAACCGUUGUCUACGUAGAUUCCAGCAUUUGGGGGGAUGAGAACCCGCAAGUGACAUGCCCGGCACCUUGUGCUCUCGUCCUCCCCGACUAUCCUCUUGGCUCCACCACCGUUAUCACUCCUCUCCCGCAUGUCACCACGCUGGAUGUGGCCUGGCCAACUCCGACGGAGAUAACCAGGGCCAACGGGGAGGUUAUCACCACCACCACCGUCACACGAAUUCUACAGGAGACCACUAUCAUUGUUCCGCCAGUUACGGUGUCCGAACUGCCCAUGGCCAAUAUCAAUAUCACUAUUCCACUCGACGAGGACGAAAAAGUGACAAUCACGCCGAAGCCUCGGUUCCCUCCUGUGAUUGUCACUAUUACUAAUGACCCCAACCCAUUGUCUCGCACAGGUGUCUUGCAUCCUCCAGUGACACGAAGCGUGACUGUGCCUCCCUGGCCCCAGACUACCGUCAUCUAUGUCCCACCUAAGGGGAACACCGAUGAUGAGGAUGACAACACAGACAGAGAUGAUCAAAACAAGGACGGCAAAGACAACGACAACAAGGACAACGACAACAAGGACAACGACAACAAGGACAACGACAACAAGGACAACGACAACAAGGACAACGACAAGGAUGACAAGGAUAAGGAUGACAAGGAUAAGGACAACAAGGACAACGACGACAACGACAAGGGCGGCAGUCAUCACAGGAUCGAGUUCCCACAUAUACCCACCAUCACGGUGACUCACGGCCCUGGGUCCCCUAUUUGCAGAGGACAGAAGUGCGGCCAUCUGUGCGCCGAUGACUUUUGCGGGUGCAACCAUGGCUGCGGUGGUGGUGACAACGGAUUCUCCGAUCCCACCGACCCCAAUCCUCCCCCAGUCCCCCCGCAUCCCCAGGACCCCAAGGACAGAGAUUCAUGCACUAGUUCUUCGGUUACCAACUAUUGGGUCUCAUGCGACUCCAAAACUGAGGGCCCGACCACAACCUCCUGCACUACCACUAAAAGUCUGGUGGCUGUAGGAUGCGAUGUCACCGCCACAACGACAACUACCGGUGUGGAAUAUUGCCCUACCGUGGACCCAAAUGAUCCCCAGGGAGAGGACGGCGGCAAAUCUCGGGCCAAGCGCACUAAUACUUCGAAGACCAAAGAGCCGCCAAAACCUACCAGCCCUCCAGAGCGACCCUCCUCGACCUCUUCCAAAACGACGACCACUACCAAGACCUCGAAGACAUCCUCCCUACCGUCCGCAACGGCUGCCAGCGGCUGUAGCAGGGUCGGAAGCGGCCGCAGCUUGACCCGCCGCUGCUGGAACAAAUGCGACCCAGGCACGGGGUCGCCCGUUGGCGGCGACUGGGCGGAGAAUGAACCCUGGUGUUGGAUAUCUGAACGCGGCAGCGAUUCGUAUGCGAAUUGUUUGAAGCAAUCCAACUGUCCAACCGACUUUGAGUGCGCAGAAGAAUGGGGCUGCGUUGUUCCACUGUCCGGUGGGUGUGCGUCUCAGGGCGGCAAGACCGGACUCGGCAAAACCUGCUGGAGUAGCUGCAACGAGAAAACCGGGAAGCGGACGAACGAUAAGUGGGAACAGGGUAUGCCGUGGUGCUGGCUGCAGAAUGGCAGGUUUGCUAGCUGUGAUGAGGGCAACGACUGCAGUGCCACCACGGAGUGUGUCCCUGACCAUUGGAACCACGGCGGAUGCAAUACUAAGCGUAAGAACUGGGAACUAGAUGAAGGAAUAUGA